CUAAAUUUCCUUAAAAGAAAGCACUUUUACUUCUCAUAUACUUGGCCAACCUUGUUUUUUCAGAAAUUAGUUACUGAAAUCUCUUCUAAAGUUAUUGCUUCCGUUAUAAAGUUACUACAUAUAUAUGUUCUGAAGUUACUACUCAACUGUUCAAAUACAGCAAUUCAUUAUUCGAAAUUACUAAAUCUAAUUUCUGGUCUUUCCUCUCACAAAAAUCGGGCUUUUAUUUUGUUGGUGAUCAUGGCUGCAAAUUCUUCAUCUUCGUACAAAAUCCGAAGUCUUGUUACGUUGCUUCACCAAUACUAUAGAGUUCGCUUUAAUGCUACAUCCUCACAGUUACAGGGCAUCCAUGGCAUUGUUCCAACUACUAGGAUCGGUUAUGGUGGCUCAGUAAGUCCAGGGUUACGGCUUAUCAGUUCUGGAGAGUAUCAAAUACCCAAUAAGACGGAUCAGGUAAAGAAUGAAGCAAACAAAGUUCCUCCAGAAGAGCCAGCUCCUUCUAAGCCCAAUUUAUUUGCUUGGGCAAAAUGGCUUUUUGGAUCCAUAAUAUCAAUAUUCCUCCCCUUUUGGAAGGGAAAAUGGGACAGCUUUCGAAGAAUUGAAGGAGAGGUAGCGAAGGCGGCUGAAGAGGUGGAAGAAGCAGCAGAUAUAGUAGCAGCGUUAGCGACUAAAACGGAAAAUGUAAUGGGAGGGGUUGCUGGGACGCUGCCUGAAAAUAGCAUACUCAAAGAAGCAGCUAUAGCAGUGGAAAAUGCGUCAUCUGUAGUUGCUAAAGAUGCUCAGCUUACUUCUAAUUUCAUUCACAAGGUUGAAGAUGUGGAGCAAGACUUGAAAGACCUGGAGAAAAUGGUUGAACCCAUUAUUGAAAAAGUCGAAGAAUGGGAAUGUGACAAAAAGUAGUACACUGCAUAUUUUAUUUAUUCUUUUUGUGCCUCAAAAAUCAUAAAAGCAGAGGGCAUAUUCUUCAUUUGUAGAGACGAUUCAGAACAUUGUGAUU